CCACUACUUGGUGGAAAUGACGAUACUUCGGGACAUUCAUACGCUUCGACUAGUACUGCAGUAACAAAUCUUGCACAGAAUUGUCCAGAGGAAAUGAGAACACUACCGCCUAGAUCUCCGA